UCACCAAAACAAAACAAACAGAAACCGCAUCUACUGGCAUUUUCUUUUCACUUGCGACUAGUUUUUUUUAUUUAAAUUGUAUUUAAUUAGUGAUUCAGAUCAACCAGUUAAGUAAAGAAUGGCCGGAAACUUUUGGCAAAGCUCCCACCAUCAACAAUGGAUAUUGGACAAGCAGGACCUCAUUCGCGAGAGGCAGCACGACUUGAAAAAUCUCACCGAAGAGGAGUACCAAAAGAUCUUCAUGUUCUUUGCGAACGUUAUUCAAGUACUCGGCGAGCAGCUGAAGCUCCGCCAGCAAGUCAUUGCCACUGCCACGGUGUAUUUUAAGCGGUUCUACGCCCGCAAUUCGCUCAAAUGCAUCGACCCGCUGCUGCUGGCGCCGACGUGCAUCCUUCUGGCGUCCAAAGUGGAAGAGUUCGGAGUCAUCUCCAACUCGCGGCUGAUCACCACUUGCCAAACGGUGAUCAAAAAUAAAUUUAGCUACGCCUAUCAGCAGGAGUUUCCCUACCGGACCAACCACAUCCUGGAGUGUGAGUUCUACUUGCUGGAAAAUCUGGACUGCUGUUUGAUUGUGUAUCAGCCUUACCGCCCGCUGCUACAACUGAUCCAGGACAUUGGCCAGGAGGAUCAACUGCUGACGCUUACCUGGCGUUUGAUCAACGAUUCCCUUCGGACGGAUGUUAGUCUACUGUAUCCACCAUAUCAGAUCGCCAUUGGCUGCCUGCAGAUUGCAUGUGUGAUUCUACAGAAGGAACUGAAGGCUUGGUUCGCCGAGCUGAAUGUGGACAUGGAGAAAGUGCAGGAGAUUGCCCGGGCCAUUCUGAAUGUCUUCGAACUGUGGAAAAGCUACGACGAAAAGGAAAUCCAGGGCCUGCUGGAGAAGAUGCCAAAGCCGAAACCGGCCCCGCAGCGGUGAUUCCGUAAGUUGUAUGUCUCUUCUCUGACUGCAGUAGUGAUAGAUUCUUUAUUCAUUUACUUAUUUUGAUUGCACUGGUGUUCUGCCAGCCAAAGUUUACUUUUGUGUUGUAUACCUACUUUAUCUCGUGAAAAAAUAUUAAGGAUUGCAAAUUAUACUUUGAAGAACUGGAAAAUCUAUCCAACAUAAAUUAUGUUUGAAACUUGACUAUUCCAAAUAAACAAUCGUGCAGCCCUACGUUUCAGUCACCAUGGGUAUCAGAAAUGUACAAUGCUUGUUUAAAAUCCUGAACAGCUAGGUAAAGCAUUUCAAAAUAAUUGAUUAUGUAAUGCACGACAUCCGAUAAAUCCAGAUCCAGACUGAUCACAACACCUUGGUUCGAAUGCGUUGUCAUAUGAUUGAACUCGAGACACCAUGUUUGCUGUCCAAUCACUAAUAAUAUGGGGUAUGUUAUCGAUAGACUGGAUUAAAAAUCUAUGUAGUGCUUUAAAUUCAAUAUAUUCCUAUUUUAUUUGGUAUAAUUCUAGUUCUUGUUUGACGAAAACAGGCAUUAUAAUUAAUUAAUUUGCAGUUAUCCUUACAGUACGCAAAAUAAACUUUGCUUAUUUAUCGUCCAGAAAA